ACUGUUUUUUCCAUAGGAUCAGUUAUAAAAAGAAUGGCAAGGCAAGGAACAGCUUAGUCUCCUGGUCUCAUCAGCGAAGGGCUUACGAUCAUUUCUGGAAAGAGUGCUGGCUGGCUUCUUCACCUCUAUUUGGUCAAUCCCUGUUUCUGCAGAACCAAAGGAGCAGACUGGUUAGUGAAGAAUGCUGUCAGAAGGGUAUCUCAGUGGACUUGCCUAUUGGAAUGACAUCCACUGGAAUUAUGCAUCUUAUAAUGAGCAGGUGGCUGGGGAACAGGAAGAAGAGACAGAUUCUGUUGCUGCUCUUUCCUAUUCUUCUGUGGAUGAAACACAAGUCAGAAGUCUCUAUGUGAGCUGCAAGUCCUCUGGAAAGUUCAUUUCUUCAGUACAUUCAAGAGAGAGCCAACACAGCAGAAGUCAGAGAGUCACGGUGCUGCAGACAAACCCAAAUCCUAUGUUUGAGAGCCCCAACUUGGCUGCAGUUGAAAUAUGCAGAGACCCCAGAAGAGGGACCUACUUGGUUCCACCUUCCUGCAAAAGUAUUUGCAAGAAUUACAAUGACUUACAUAUUGCAGGGGGCCAGGUGAUGGCCAUUAACUCAGUGUCAACAGAUUUUCCAUCUGAGGGCAGUUUUGAAUAUGGUCCUUUGCUGAAGUCAUCUGAAAUUCCCUUGCCCAUGGAGGAUUCCAUUUCUACUCAGCCCAAUGACUUUUCCCAAAAGCCUAUCCAGAGGUACUCAUCCUAUUGGAGAAUAACCAGCAUCAAAGAGAAAAGUAGCCUACAAAUGCAGAAGCCUAUUUCAAAUGCAGUGCUGAAUGAGUACCUGGAGCAGAAAGUGGUAGAGUUAUACAAGCAGUACAUUAUGGACACCAUGUUUCAUGACAGUUCUCCUACUCAGAUAUUGGCAUCUGAACUCAUCAUGACAAGUGUGGACCAAAUAAGUCUUCAAGUGUCUAGAGAGAAGAACCUGGAGUCCUCAAAAGCCAGGGAUAUAGUCAUUAGCCGCCUCUUACAAUUGGUGUCAACUGAGAUCAGCACUCCGAGUCUCCAUAUUUCUCAGUAUAGCAAUGUGAAUCCCUAGAGAGGACGCUUCCAUCCUCCCAAUUACUUGAACUCAAAGCAACACUUUACUCCUUUAUUCAGAGAAUGUGCGGGGUUGGGGGGGAGGUUGUGAAAAGAAGUUAAGAUUUAGAGAAGUGAAGGUUAGGUGGGAGUCAGGUGUGAAUGAAGUUUGAGAAAUAUAAUAUUAUAUAUGAUGAUGGAAUACUGGAAAAGGAGCCAUAGGAUGAUUUUAAAGAUAGUUUUCUACAGCAGCAAAGCAAAAAUAAAAAAAAUUACUGAAAAGGAAAAGCUUAUGAUUGAUUUAUGGGAACAUAGAAAUUAGAAAAGACAUGCCUAAUAAAAAAGGAAACACCAUGGCAAAACUAAAAAGCCAAAUGGUAUCAGAAUAGAGUUAAAAAUAUGUUUGUUGCCCAAAUAAAGUCCUCUCAAGUUGUUUCUUCUUGAGGGAAAUGGAUUGCAGAAGGCAGCCCUAUUUGGGUAGAAAGAUAUGUUAAAACAUUUUUCAAAGUAUAUGUUUAUACUUCUUUUCUCUAAUCUGUAUCAGUAUACCAUUUAGAUAUAUUCUUUGUAAA